AUGGCCACCGUGCUGCUGCUGCCUCUCCUACUGCUGGCACUCUCGUGGUGGGCUUGGGGGGUCCGCCGUGCUCAAAUGCAGAGGGGCCUACCCCCUGGGCCCACGCCGUUCCCGGUGCUGGGGAAUUUGCUGCAGCUGCAGUCUGGACACCUGGACCGUGUGCUCAUGGAGCUCUCCAGCCGCUGGGGCCCGGUGUUCACCGUGUGGCUGGGCCCGCGCCCUGCAGUGGUGCUGUGCGGCUACACAGCGCUGCGGGACGCACUGGUGCUCCAGGCGGACGCCUUCUCCGGCCGCGGAAGCAUGGCAGUCUUCGAACGCUUCACCCACGGAAACGGCAUCGCGUUCUCCAACGGGCCGCGCUGGCGCACGCUGCGCAAUUUUGCCCUGGGAGCGCUGAAGGAGUUCGGCGUGGGCAGGCGCAGCAUCGAGGAGCGCAUCCAGGAGGAGGCGUCAUGUCUGCUCGGCGAAUUUCAAGCCAUCGUGGGGACUCCAUUCGAUCCCCGACGACUGCUGGAUAAUGCUGUAUCCAACGUUAUCUGUUCUGUGGUCUUCGGAAAGCGCUAUGACUAUGGGGAUCCGGAGUUCCUGAGGCUCCUGGACCUCUUCAGUGACAAUUUCCGCAUCAUGAGUUCCAAAUGGGGCGAGGCAUACAACAUUUUCCCGUCGUUCCUGGACUGGAUUCCCGGCCCACACCAUCGAAUCUUCCGGAACUUCCAAGAGCUUCGAGUCUUCAUCUCCGAACAAAUCCAGCAGCACCGGCAGUUGAGGCAGGCCAGAGAGCCCCGCGAUUUCAUCGAUUGUUUCUUGGACCAAAUGGAUGAGGAACAGCAGGACCCGGAAAGUCAUUUCCAAGAUGAGACGUUGGUGAUGACCACUCACAAUCUUUUCUUCGGCGGCACCGAGACUACAAGCACCACCCUUCGCUACGGGCUCCUCAUUAUGCUCAAGUACCCAGAGGUGGCAGCCAAGGUGCAGGCAGAGCUGGACGCCGUAAUAGGUCGGACACGUGCCCCGAACCUGGAGGACCGUGCACGCCUGCCCUACACGAACGCAGUGCUGCAUGAGAUCCAACGUUUCAUCAGCGUGCUGCCGCUGGGGCUGCCCCGGGCCCUCACCCGAGAUACCCACCUCCGAAGUCACUUCCUGCGUAAGGGCACCUUUGUGAUUCCCCUGCUGGUAUCUGCACACCGAGAUCCCACCCAAUUCAAAGACCCUGACCACUUCAAUCCCACCAAUUUCCUGGAUGACAGGGGAGAGUUCCAGAACAAUGAUGCCUUCAUGCCCUUUGCUCCAGGAAAGCGCAUGUGCCUAGGUGCUGGCCUGGCGCGCUCGGAGAUCUUCCUCUUCUUCACUGCCAUCCUGCAGAAGUUCUGCCUCCUCUCAACCGAGAGCCCAGCCAGUAUCAAUCUCACCCCACAGUGCACUGGCCUGGGCAACGUGCCCCCAGCCUUCCAGCUCCGCCUGGUGGCCCGCUGAAGCUGGGCUCCACUAGCCUGAUCUCAGAAGCCCCGAUUUCCUUCCCCUCCUUGGUCAGUAAAGGCUUCUACCCGGAUGUGGAAAUGUCACUACAGAAAGGAAUACUCAAGUGUG